GUUUCUUAGAAUUUAGAUGGAAGUUAAAUCAGUUUAAUUUAUAGAUAUUCGAUUAUUUUUAGAAAACGUAAUCCGAAUCAAAUUAUAUACUACGUAUUUGACUAUUUACAAUAGGAUUUGUGUAUGAAACUAUUUUUUUUUUUUUUUGAAAAAAGAUAAAAAUUUAUAAGAUAAAAGUUUAUAAGAUAGAGUAAAAAAUCGCCCACUUUAUUGCCUUCUUUGAGCAAAUACGGAAUAUUAGAAAUUAUAAAAUAAAAAAAUAAAAAUGAGGGAAUACAAACCCCUGCCAAAACCCUAGAUAUGUCCUCUUUCUCUUUCCAUUUCUCGCAGUUUCCCAUUGGAGCGCACUCCUCCUUCUCCAUUGAUUCAUCUAUCAUCCAUUGAAGCAGCUUUUGAGGAAGAUUAGAAGUUCUGAUUAUAGGAGUGUGAGAUGAAAACGGUGUCGGGGAAAGUAUUAUCUUGUAAGCCCGUCUCUAUUUCGAAAGCUGCGAAAGUUCUGUCAAAGUUUGUGUCUACAGACAAUGGAGCAUCCCCUGCGUUUGCUGCAUAUUUGAGGCGCGCUUCAGCCUCAUUUAGUGAACUUGCUCAGCUUCAUAAAGAGCAGAAGAGUUCAGGAAGUCGACACAAAGUUAAGAAGCAACGUUCACAUAGUAGUGUCACUGAAGCGACUGUUGAGUCUGUAUUGACUCAGAGUAAAGAUGGGUUGCUGGGGAAGGAGUCAAGUACGAGCAAGAGGAAAGAGGUUCGAGGGGUGAAUAAGAGUGAAGGAGAAGCCGGGAGUAUUGAGGAUGAUGGGGAGACUAAGAGGCAUAGGAGCAAGAACAGGGGAGAGAAAGAUGAGGGGAAACAUAUUGCAAGGGGGAGUGCAAUGAAGAUGGAAGUUCCGGAAACUGAUGGGAUUGCGGAUGGAAAUGCGGAAAUUGUAAGAGAGGCUGGGAAGAAGUCAAAGAUAAAGAAGGAAAAUAGUGAAAGUGGCGCUGUUACCAUCAAAGAUCAACCUUGCAGUGAUUAUGAUGCUAUCAAUUCGAGUGAGUUGAAGAAUAAGGAAUCAAAGAAGAAGAAAAAAAGAGAUAGUCUUGAGAAGGGAAAGCAUGAUGUUGCUGCAGAUAUUAAGAAGGAAGUUCUGAAAGAUGAAGUCGAUGAGCAAGCAAUUGAGAACGAAAAAAGUCAAAGCAGCAAGAAAAAGAAACACAAGAAGGAUAAACAUCAUGGUGAUCAAUCUGAUCAUGCUGCUGUUAAUUCGACUAAGGUCAAGAAUGAGGUAGAAAGUUUUGAUGGAAGUAAAGAUGGGAAGAAAGAAAAGAAAAGAGAUAAGCGUGAAAAAGAAAAAAGUGAUGAUCCUUUAAAUACGGAAGAGGAAAAGAAACAAAAGAAAAAACGAACUCAUGAAGAAAGAGAUAUAGAACAUGUAGGCAAGCUUGAAAUUGAGGCAGCCAACAACCGACAGAGAAAGAGGAAGCACGAAAGUGUUGUAGAUGAAGGGUUAGAGAAUUCACAGGAGAAACAUAAAUCAAAGAAAAAGAAAAGAUGAAGUAGACAAUUAGAAUACAGUGAUUCUUGACAUUUGUUACACCAAUUUUGGCUUAAAAAAAUUUAGUGAAUAUCUUUUGAUUGUGUUCCUAUUAGAUAGAUGACUUUAGUUGAGUUAUAACCUUGUCUGAAUUUUGGAACAUGUCCCUCUUAGUAUUAUAAUUUUUUUCUGAAUUGUACCUUUUGCCUUGUGUUAUCAAUUUGUUUCAAAUCAA